AUGGUCAGCUCUCUGCGUCGCGUCAACCGUAAGGCCCACUUUGAUGCCCCGGGUCACAUCAGGAGAAAGAUCAUGUCGGCUCCUUUGAGCAAGGAGCUUCGCUCCCAGCACGGCAUCCGCUCAAUUCCUAUUCGUAAGGACGACGAGGUGACUGUCGUGCGUGGUGCAUCGCGUGGCUCGGAGGGCCGCAUUGUGCAGGUGUACCGUGCCAAGUGGGUUGUGCACAUUGAGCGCCUCCAGAAGGAAAAGGCCAAUGGCGCCACCGUCGCUGUUCCCGUUCAUCCCUCGAACGUGGUGAUUACGAAGAUCAGGAUGGACAAGGACCGUAAGAACAUGCUUGCGCGCAAGUCGGGCAAGAGCGCUGAGGAGAUCCAGGCUUAA